AUGUACAGUAGCUCAAAACCUUUUAAUGGAAUACGGUUCAGUUGUACCGGUAUCUCUGGGGAUUUGAGAUCAGAUAUUGCCCAUAAGAUCAAUUCUAUGGGAGGUACCUAUUAUAAUAACUUGAUGAGUGAUGUUAGUGUUCUUGUUGUCGGUGAUACUAAUACUGAUAAAUAUCGGUUUUCAGUGCAAAAAAGAUAUGAUUUAAUAUUCAUUGAAGCUUCAGCUAUUGUUAAACUUCAUAAAAGAUGGAUUGAAGGGGAAAAUAUCACCAUCAAAACUGCUGAAGACGGCAGUGAAGAUCAUUCUUAUCUUGGUUUCCUACCAAGGUUUAAGCCAUUCCAAGAUUUAAGGAUUUGUAUUUCGAGAAUAGAUGCAAAAGUGUUUAAUGUCACAAAACAGCGUCUUGCGGAAUUGAUAAACUUAAAUGGAGGUGUUUCAACCGAUAGUUUAACAUCAUCAAUAAAUUACUUGGUGACUACAGAUAAAUCAGGAAAAAGGUUCAGCAAAUCUGUCGAAUGGGGUAUUCCAGUUCUACACCCUAAAUGGAUCACAGACUCUAUUAAACGUGAAGCCAUGUUGGAGGAUAGAUUUUACAAUAUUUGCACUAUCUCUGAUUUCAACGAAAUUGGUAAAAAUUCUUGUGAUAUUUGGAGAGAGUUUGCAGUGUUCAAGAAUGAGCAAAAUGAGAAUUCAAGGAAAAAGAGAGGGCUGCUUGCUGUCUCUAAUGAUGAUGCGGAUGACGAUGGUGACAAUGAGGAGGCUAGACAGACGAAAAAGAAUAAAUCCAGUUUGAAUGCGUGGGAUUCGAUCAUCAAAAGUUUUAACAAGCCAGUUGAUAAGGGACCAUCGAUUCAACUCAUCGAAAAGAAGAGUACAAAUGACAUUAAAGGGAAACCCUCAAUGAAUCCUCUAUUUGAGGGGCUAAAAUUUCAAAUAUAUGGCUUUGAUUCAAAGAGGGAGCCAGUGUUGGUCAGAAUCAUCAGGUCUCACAGUGGGGAGGUAGAGCCAAUAUCUGAAGCGGACAUCAUCUCCAAUGACAGAAACUUGGAUGAUACAGAUUAUAUAUUAAUUCCUCACGAUUUGCACAAUAAGGAAAAUUUGAAUAAAAUCAUUAAUAUUAAGAGACAUGUUGGGAAAUUGACAACCAUUAUCACAGAGUGGUUCAUUGAAAGAUGUUUAUAUUAUAACAAAGUAAAAAGCGACUUAUGGGGAAAACCUAUGGUAUUUAAUAGCCAUGCUAGUAAGUGCCUAGGUACUCUUGAUGAGACUGAAAAGAUAAGGGUCAGCAUCAGUGGAUUUUCAGGAGCGGAAUUAUUGCACUUGGAGAAGCUUAUUAGUUCUCUAGGCCGAUUUGUCAUCUUCAGUGACAAGCUUAACAGAAACUCAAACCUUUUAAUCAUUAAUACUUCAUUAAUUGGGUUGAAUGAGUCAAACUCAAAACGUCUCUUUGAGAAAAAUGAUAAUGAAAUUUGUACUCUAUUGAAAGAUGUUGAAUGUAAUAAGAGCAGUUUACAAUCAAUGAAAAAAAAACUAGUUUUCUGUCAAAAUAACCAAAUUCCUAUUUACUCGAUCAAUUUUCUCUAUGAAUUUUUUCUCGAGUGUUUUGGUGCCAACUACUGUUCCAAAACUUCUUCCGAAUUCGAGCUAAAUAAUUUGAGAUGGUGUAUCUACUAUCCUAAAAAUUUGGGAAAUAAUGACUCCCAGCUUCUAAAGUUUGCAAACAAAGUCUACCCUUCGAAUAAGAAACGUAGUUUAGUCAGAGUUGAUUCGACUCAUCGAAAGAAAGAGUGGGGAAAAUUGUCAGGUAAGGCGUCAGAAUCAUCAUUGAAUCAUGCCGGUGAGGAUGCAAAAAUUGAUGGCAACGAUAAGGACUUAACAAAGGAAAGCGACGAUGCAGUAACUGGGACUCAGAUAGUAUAUGGAAAAGAGAAGCAUGAACCCACUCUGUUGAAACCUACCAAGCGUUCCAGAAGACCAAAUAUCUAUUGA